GAGGGAAGCGCCUCAGAGUUUCUUUAUUCUAAGGCAGAAAUAAGCGAUUAUCUUCAACACGACAAAACUUGGUCACGCCAGCAUUAAAGUUUGUCUGUAAUAGUGAGACCUGCUGCAAGAUGCUGGCAUCAUCGGUUUUCCUUUUCUGUGCAUUCUCUCUGACCUCAGCAUCUUCCGAAGUGGGUCUUGGUGGUAAAGUGCUUCUGUUCCCGUACGAGACCGAUUUCAGCUUUGUCAAACUCACUCCUAAAAAACCACUGGGGCUUUCGGCGUUCACACUGUGCAUGCGUGUCGCGACGGAGCUCCAGGGCGAGAGGCAGAUCAUCCUGUUCGCCUACCGCACACCUGACUAUGACGAGCUAAACGUGUGGAGAGAGAGAGAUGGACGUGUGUCCUUCUACCUCAGCGGCGAUGGGGCGUUCUUCCACCUGCCUCCUCUCUCCACCUUCCGGUCUCACAUGUGCCUCACCUGGACAUCACGGACCGGGCUCACCGCAUUCUGGGUGGAUGGACGCCGCAGUGCGUUCCAGCUGUACAAACCGGGUCACAGCAUCCGUCCGCGAGGCACGGCCCUGCUCGGCCAGGAUGCCGACAAACACCUGGGCGACUUUGAGACUGUGCAGAGUUUUGCCGGCGAGCUCACGGACCUGAACAUGUGGGAUUAUGUUCUCUCGGGGAGUCAGAUUAAAGCAUUGUAUUUAAACCAGGCACAGCGUGUGCCAAAGGGAAACGUGUUUGAUUGGAACACCAUAGAAUAUGAGAUUACUGGAAAUGUCCUGGUGGUGCAAGAUGAUUGAAUAUAUUCCCUUGCAGGGUCACACACACACAUUCUAACAAUACAAAACUGCUGAAACAUCCUAAUAUUUCUGCAGCAUCACACAACAGAACAUUAAUGUUUAUGUGAAGGUUUUAGAAACUGUUUAAUUAGAAAAUUGAGUUUGAUCGAUAUAUCGGUUUUACGAUGAAUCUGUGCCGAUAGUUGUGUUACUUAUACUUAUUAUUAUUAUUAUUAUUAUUAUUAUUAUUACCUGUUCCUCUGUGGCCAAAACCCUUUAUUUGGUUAAUAUAUAGACUACAAAAAUUACAAAAUAUAUAAAAAUAAAGACAUCACUGUUUAUGUAUAAUUUAUGAUUAUUAAUCUGAAAUGUUAUUUUUUUUAAAAACACAUAUUACAAUUGACAAGCGAUCGCUGAUGAUCUGUGUAUGAUGAUCUGCUAUUAAUUACUGCCCAUACAGUAUUUAUUAGCACAUUUGGCAAUGUUUACUUCAUUGGUUCUAUUUUAAUACAUUAUAGAUGAUUGUAAGAGUGCAUGUUUUGUUUCCUUUGUGUGUUUGUGUGAGCUGGAAGUGCAGAUAUCUCAAAUAAAGAGCCUGCAGUCCAUUUCAGGCUUAUUUAUAAUGAAAAGUCCCACGUUAUGCACCAAAUCUCAACCUUUUCUGGUUAUUAUUGGGAUUUUGGUUGCAUAACAAACAUGAAUUUGGGAUUUUACUUAUCGUGACUCUUGCAUCCUCUAUGUAAUUUUUUUUUUACAUUCCAUAAAUCGAUUUAAAAUACUAUCGGCCGAUUAAUCGACCAUUUUCACCACUUUAGUUAUCGGUAUCGGCAAAAUCCAAUCUCGGUCGACCUCUAUUAGAAACGUAAUUUACUGGAGUUAUAUAAUAUAUGGCUUAUUUUAUUUUGAAUAUUAAGUAAUUAAGUAAAAGUGGAGUGGUGGUGGCGUAGUGGGCUAAAGCACAUAACUGGUAAUCAGAAGGUUGCUGGUUUGAUCCCCACAGCCACCACCAUUGUGUCCUUGAGUAAGGCACUUAACUCCAGGUUGCUCCGGGGGGAUUGUCCCUGUAAUAAGGGCACUGUAAGUCACUUUGGAUAAAAGCAUCUGCCAAAUGCAUAAAUGUAAAUGUAAGUACAUUUGUGACUAACAGGCAUUGUUUUUUCUCUUGAAUGAAUCUAGACAAACUACAUAUAUUUUAACAUGUUCUUAAUGUAAGCUACAUACAAAAUUAUGGUUUGCAUGUCUUACCUGCUUCACUUGCAAUCAUCAGUCAAUUUGACUUUAAAUAUAGACAAAUUCUUACAUGUACAUUUUACUAUAAAGACAAAGAGGAUGUGAUAAGUAUCACAUUUGAUGACUGCUGCAGUCUGCAUGUGACCACAAGAGAGCAGCAUCAGACAAACAACAUGUAUGAUAUGAAAUCCUAAAGUAUAUGACUGUCAAGUAAAUUAAGUGAUUUGAUUGUAUAAGUAGAAAAAAAUACUAAAUGUAUGAAUUGCAUUUGUUUAUAACACUAGUUUCAAUAGUAUGGAGGAAGAAAACAAAGUGUGCUAAAGAUUGCAUGAUUUAAAUUGAAUGCAUGAGCAUUUUGUAAACACAUAAAACACAAAUCUUUUCACUGAUUAGGAAAUGUUUUUUCUAAUGAUAAUGUAUCUUGGUUUCCAUGCAUUUAACCUUUGUCUAACAAAUAAAGUGUGUGACCUGUUUUGCAAUAAAAAAAUAAAAAAUAAAUAAAAAUCUU